UUGGCAAAGAGUUGCGCCUCUUUGUACACACGUUUUGAUAUCAAUGACAGUAAAUACGGAUAAUGAACGCCAGUAAUUAUAUGCAAUGAUGACAUGACGCUGCAUUAACAGGUUUUCCAUAGUGACGAGCUAUAGAGAGGAUCAAAAUGGAAACACAGCAUUCAGCCAAGUUCUUCAACUCUUUCUUAGAACAUGUCCAGCUUUUGUGCAAGUCUUACUUAACCUUUGGGGAGGUCGUUGAGGUCAGUGGUUACAUUUGUCUUGACAUUGACAACAGCAAGAAGGAGCGGUACGUUCUCAGUGAGUUGAUUCAGAAACAGGGGCAGACGGUCAGUGAAAGCUUCUGUACCAAGGUGCUGAAGACGGUUCAGGGGGCUGGUGUUAAGAGUGCCCAUCAAACAACAUUGAUGGAUGUGCAAGAUAAGGAGAAUACUCCGAGAGAUGGAUCUGUGACUCAGCACCGAUGUGGUAGCGAGGAGACACAGCAGAAGGAAGACAGUGUCAGGCCACAGUAUGUUUCCAGGCAGAGAAUCAUGGAGUCUGUGUUCCCGAGCCGCGAUGUCAAUGAGAGUGUGAGGCAGGAGGCGAGCAUGUUGAGAAGAGUUGACUCGACUGAACCGACGCACACAGAGCCACUGGACACUGCAGCUCCUGACAGUGCAGGGCAUCAACCGCUCAAAGCGGAGUCAGAUGACCCUGAUGAAAAUAUUGAAAUCAAACAGGAAGUUUGUGAGGAUGAGGUUAUACAAGGCAGUUCUGGGCUUUGUAACCAAGGUAACCGAGGCUCUUGGCUGACCUCUCUAGGAGCCCAACAGUUGAAAGAAAGAAUAAAUAUUGUCAGUAAUGCAAAAAUGUCUUUGCAGAAACAUUCAAGUCAGUCAGUAAGCUCCAGCAGGAUCACCAGGCCUGAGACUCAAGACAGACAGUAUCACGUGCCGCCGAUAUCCACCAUAUUUUCACCAUCAGCAACGGCCACAAGUUCAGUUUCAAACGCAAUGCCUGUGAAUAUGUUGAGACCAGGAAUGUUCAUGACCUCCAGAACAAAUGGUUUGCUGUCAACUUCCAGUGCAACACAAAAUGCAUCCUUUCCUUUCCAGAACGUCAUUGGGAGAGGGCAUAUGGAGGAGUCCAGGUUGGAGGGAGCAGACGUGGACUGGGGUGAAGGUCACGCAGUCGCUGCACAGCAGUCGCUGUUUGGACUCGGUACGAACUACCAGGUGCAUGACUUGAUCAACACGCCUUGCAGAUGGUCUCGCAAGAGGAGAGGAAAUCCAACGUAUCGCGUAAAACAGAACUGGAGAUAUGCUGUGCGUCAGUUUGAGAACUUCCUACGCUUCAAGGGCCAGGAGGUGAUACCAAUUAACACUAUCCCUGCCUCACAGCUGGAUGGCAUGUUGUGCGAGUUCCUCCAGUGGGUCAAGAAGAGUAAUGGGGAGGACUUUCAUCCUUGGUCCAUGAAGAACUUCUUCUAUCAUUUAGAAUGUCACUUGAAGGAGGCUGGGUAUGCUAACUCUAUCACUAAAGACGUGGAAUUUCAGAACUCUCGGGAUGUCCUCAAGAGAAGAAUCACUGAACUCCAGUUGAGGCUUCACCCAUCAAGCCUCUGAAUGUGUCCUUGGUGUCAUACAGGUGCCCAUGGUGUCAUGCAGGUGUCCAUGGUGUCAUGCAUGUGCCCAUGGUGUGCAUGAGGUGUCAUGCAGGUGCCUGUGGUAUCAUGCAGGUGUCAUGAAGGUGUCCAUGGUGUAAUGAAGGUGUCAAUGAUGCCAAGUUGGUGUCAUGCAUGUGCCCAUGGUGUCAUGAAGGUGUCAAUGGUGCCAAGUUGGUGUCAUGCAGGUGUCCAUUGUGUCAUGAAGGUGUCGGUGUCAAUGGCAUCAUGCAGGUGUCCAUGGUGGAUAGCAGGUAUCUGGCAUCUUGUAGGUUUCCAUGGAGUCUGAUUCAUGUGUCCAUGGCUUCAUGCAGAUUUCCAUGGAGUUGUACAUAUUUCCAUAAGAUUCAUGCCCCCCCCCCUUUGUCUGUUUGAAAGGAACAUUAUUAAGCGUGUUGUUCGUGUACAUCAUCAUGUAUAUUAUCAGAGUAAUGAACAAAGAUUUGAAAGAUGUCUGUACAUAAUCUAAACACAAUGUAUGUGUCAUGUUGUGAACUGUGUUGGUGAAAUAAAAUUAAGAUUACUUUAUGAACCAUCCAGGUUUCCCUAGAUUCUAUCAGGUUUGCAAUAGACCAGACAGGUUUCCAUAUUGCUAUUCAGGUUUCCAUGGAGUGAAUCAGGUUUACAUGGAGCCGUGCAGGUGGAGUUUUCGUGGAGUCGUGCAGAUGACCAGAUCAACUGGUGUUUUGUGUUGCCAUGGCUACUGUUGCAUACUGAAAGAAUCCCAUGGAUAUUUUGUUUUCAGGGUUCCAUGCCUAAACUCCAUUGAUUCAGUGCUAUCAUCAGUGUGAUGAGUGCGUAUCUCAUUCUAUCAUUGUGUCUACGUUGUGGUUGACAUGAACAAAAUGUAAAGGACCUCCAAAACAUUUGUGAUAUAUUUUAACAAUUGUUGCCAUGGUUGCAGGACAACCAUCACUGUUUUUGUUUGCGCCAACUGGUUCAACAAGGUCGUGGAAAGGUCAGCAAAAGCCUGAAAAAAGAAUUGUGAUGACAAUCUGCUGAAUAGUUCCAGACAGAUUUCAAGGGGCAAGAAGAGGCUGUGACACUUUGUUACAAAGAAUAAGAAGUUUCAUUAAAAGAGUGUCAUCUAUUCUUCUCGAUUAGAUGUUCAACUCUACGCAUGAUUGUAAUUCAAUAUGUAUUAUAUUAUUAUCAAAAUGAGAAGAUUGAGUAGGUUUUUUCCCACUUUGAUACCGCUCUGAGCUGUUGUGUCCUACACAAGUGAAGGAAAGGAUGUGUAUUUUUUACAGUAGUGUUGUGAAAAGUCAUCCAGGCCUAGUGGUAUGUUUUAUUCAGAAAGUGUACAUGUUGAAAUUUGCCAAAUCUGAAAGAGCAAUAUUUGUGUUUCAUAAGUGUAUGCACCAUGUAUGAUAUAUAUUAGUUCUAGGUAACCUUACAAUGUGUUAUUUGGUUGAUUAUUAGCGUAAGCUAUACGAUGAGUUCCUGAAAUAUAUACUAGUUGUAAGAGAUAA